UAUUUAUCAUUAUUGUGUUGACAGGGGCCAUGUUCAAAACUGAAGUAUUUGUGGUUCCUCAUAACGAAGUGGGCAUUUCAAUACAACUGCAGUUGUCAGAGCUUUAUUUAAAACAGGAAAGGGAGGAGAGAUGGUGUGGUCUGAGAAAAGGACUCCGCAGAAAGCAAGUGUGCUCACGCUGAUAAGAGAUAUAACUUCCUUUCACCCACACUUCUCUUUUUAUCUUGUUCAUAUGCACCAGAGCAUCAAAGUGGAAACAUUUCUCACAAGUACAGAGACAUUUUCACCAUUUUCAGUGUUGAAUAUCAGGAUGGGACAUGCUUUGUUCUGUGCAUCUGGGUUGUUUUUGCUGAACACAUUUCUGUCUUGCGGACAAGCUCAAGAUAAACCCAAACCUGAUCUCAGGGUGUCUUCAUCAUGGCUGAGUCCUGGGGCAUCAGUGACUCUACACUGCAGUGUUAGAAAUCACUCUGCAGAAUCGAGGUUCUACUGGUAUCAGGCUUUUUUCAGAAAUUCAAGCAAGGCCUACUACUUUGAGCCGCUACCAGGUGGUAAACAUGGAACUGCACAAAAUUCCUACAUUGUUCAUGGCCAGAAACAGACGGCAGGAUACGCAUGUAGAGCUGGAAGACAACAGCCAGAGCAUUUCACUUCGUACAGCAAACCUGUAUUUGUUUGGUCUGCAGAUUCUAGUUCAGCAUCUGCAACUGUCAAAGUGACUCCUGACAGAGUGCAGCACUUCUCUGAAGAGUCUGUCUCACUGCGCUGUGAGGAAAAACCUGAGUGGAGAGUGAUGAGGCUGACUGAAGCAGGCUACCUUGCAAACUGUUCUGUCUGGGGAACAAUGAAUGGAUCCACCUGCAUGAUCAAAAAUGCUACAGCCAAACCAGCCGUGUACUGGUGUGAGUCUAAACUGGGUGGCUUCAGCAAUGCUGUCAACAUCACAGUGCAAAAAAGCAAUAUCAUUCUUGUGAGCCCAGUCCACCCAGUUACUGAGGGAGAAGCUGUUAUGCUCCACUGCAAACUGAGGAACACAACUUUAAAAUCCUCUGUGCUUUUCUUUCGAAAUGGUAGCCUCAUCAGCAAUGACACCAUAGGGAAGCUGAAUAUCCCUGCAGUGUCAAAAUCAGAUGAAGGCUUUUACAAGUGUGAGUAUUCAGGAAAACUGUCACCACAGAGCUGGAUGUCAGUAAAGGCUUUAUCCAGCCCUAUAAAGUCUUCAUUUACUGUGCAGAUGAUUAUUGGAUUUGUUUGUGGGAUUUUACUGAUUGCUAUCCUACUCAUGGUUUAUCUGAAAGUCAAAGGAACACAGUGCAAACAAACCCAUGUUGAUUCUGCAGAUCCUGGGGUUAGCCAGAAUGCAUGUCAGCUUGAAGCGCUCUACUCUGAAGUCCAUGAUGAUAAUCUGCUGUAUGCCCUGGUAAUGCACAAAAACAAAGGUGAAUCUCAGAACAAUCCAGGUAGACCAUGUCAGGCAGCAACAGAAUGCGCUAUUUAUUCUGAAGUCAGAAAAUAGGAAAACAACUCUUGGUCCAUAGAAAGAAGCUUCAGCUUUACAGCAAGAUUUUCCUGGGUUUGAAUCAACCGGCCUAGUUGGACCUUUCUGUGUGCAGCUGCAUGUUCUACUUGUGCCUGUGUGGGUUCUCUCAGAGUACUCUGCUUCCUCCUACAGUCCAAAGACAUGCAUGGCUGUGUAUGUGAGUGUCCAUAGUCAUCUGACUCUGUGUUAGCUAACACGUUCCGAGUGUAUCCCACCUUUUGCCAUGUGACAGCUGGGGGUUUGCAUCUGAAGUUCUCAUAGUUGUCUGAAUUGUUGUUAAAGCUGUUUCUUUGAUUUUUUAUACUUUUGCACUUAUCCACUCGAACUCUACUUGUCCUCCAGUCAGAUUAUUUUACUAGUCCCACACUUCCACUUAAAAUCUAAAGGUCACAGGUCUUUCUCAGAGUCUCCCCUCUUUUGUAAAGUCCCCCUCCUCUUUGGAAAUUUUUUAAUCAAUCUUGAAGAUCUAGGUAUUUUCACAGGCUUUUGGGUCAUUUUGAAACUGGCUACAGAUCUGUUCUGUCUUAGUUUAUCUUGGUUCUUUAUGUCAUGUGUGCAUGUGUGUGUAUAUGUAUAUAUGUAAACAUGCACAUGUGAGUGAUCUGUUUGUAUAUACUGUAUGUGUUCCCUGUCAACAUAUGACGCAAUAAAUAGUAACUCAGGAAUGAUUAAAGGUGAUAUCACUGCUA